AUGAGUACCACUACCUGAGUGCUAUGGGAAUUACUACUCACUGUGUUCCCCUCGCCAUGUCCUUCCGCACAGCGUUCGCCCGUCUCAGGCCGCCUCCGCUCCUCCCAACAACAAUCCGCACGCUCCAGAUACUCGCCACUCUCCACCUCGUCUCCACCACUCUCGCAGAACUCCGCAUCUGCACAGGUUUCUCCAUGCUCCCCACCCUCUCACAGCAUGGCGACUGUGUCCUUGUAUCACCGCUCCCCUACUGGUCACCCUUAUCUGAGAAGCAUAAGUCUGCAGGGCCAAAAAGAGGUGAUGUUGUCGUCGCUACUUCUCCGAUGCACCCUGGUCAAACUGUCUGCAAACGUGUUCUGGGUAUUGAGGGCGAUUUAAUAGAGAUCGAGCCAAGAAGAGGCGGCCAAAGAAAAUGGAUUGACGCCGGGGGAAAUGGGUACAUGGUGGAUAUACCGGAUUCCCAAGCAGAAAUGGACAAUGUUUUGUUACCCAGGCGGAAUGGCGAAGGGCAAUGGGUCAAAGUACCUAAAGGCCAUGUUUGGCUGGUUGGCGACAACCUCAGCAACUCUACCGACUCCAGGAAGUAUGGGCCAGUACCAAUAGCUAUGGUCAAGGGUAAAGUAAUUGCCCGAGUUUACCCCAAUCCUACAUGGAUCACAAAUGUUGCUCGAGAUAUACAAGUGGAGGCUUGAUAAUAAGGAAACAUUAGGCAUUGUUUCGCUACACUUCAAAACAUAGCUUUGUGGAAAUCGUAACAGGGGAUAUAAGUUGCAGAUCAAGCAAGAUUUCAGCUAUGAUGGUUCAUUCACAACGCCAAACCCAAUUCAAUAUGUAACAUAACCUGUUAUAUCAUGCAUGCAUCAUAUACCAUACGAUAAGUAUGCACAACACUUUACGA